AUAACGGCGUCGUUCCUCGCGAGAGAUGGAACCUGUGCCUCUAGCUGCUCCUCAUCCUGUGGUUCAGUAGUCACUCUGCAGGGGCCGCCGCACUAAGCAUUCAGAGCCGUUUGACCAAGAGCCAGGCUUUGCGGAGUCGGACAGUCCCGAAGGUGCCGGAGACGACAGAGAAACGACCAACAGGACCAAGGAAGCGAUUCUGACAUGGACGAGGAAGAAGAGGAGCGGAUCGUAGGCCAGCGGAGAAGCGACGCAAGCAGCUGUGGAGGCCCCGUGCGCGUCGCCGCCGCGGCCGCCACUGCAGGGCCAAGUGACGCUUGUGAAUAUGGCAGCGGUCAUGUCAACAGAAGCGGCUCAAACACGGGACCUCCACACCCAGAGUCUUUAAUGGAACUACCCCCGGAAAUAUUAGUGGAAAUAUUCUCCUUGCUUCCCGGAACAGUGUUACCAAAUGUCGCACUCGUAUGCAAAAAAUUCAGACAAAUCCUCAACACGGAAACUAUAUGGAGAAGACGAUGCCUGGAAGAGUUUGGAAUGAAGGAGGAUCUGAGGAAGAUGGAAGCAGGAGGAGUGUCCAGCCAAGAUCUCUAUGUCAAACGUGUCAUCCCGCGCGUGAAAUCUGGGCGCUUUAUGAAGCUCCUACCUGACUACGAGCACAUGGACUAUAGAGACGUGUACACACACUUGCUUCACCCAUAUAGGCACAUUCUAGGGCUUUGGCAGCCUGACAUCGGACCUUAUGGUGGAUUGCUCAAUGUUGUGGUGGAUGGGUUAUUCAUUAUUGGCUGGAUGUAUCUGCCACCUCAUGAUCCCCGUGUAGAAGAUCCGAUGAGAAGACGACCGCUUUUCCGUAUUCACUUGCUGGAAAGCAAAAAGGCCACUGUGGAGUGUAUGUAUGGACACAAAGGUCCCCACAAAGGAGACAUACAGACAGUAAAGAAAGAUGAAUUUUCUACAAAAUGUAACCAGACUGAUCAUCAUCGGAUGCCAGGAGGCAGACAGGAGGAAUUUAGGACGUGGUUGGAGGAAGAAUGGGGUCGUACACUGGAAGAAAUCUUCCAUGAACACAUGCAGGAGCUCAUCCUGAUGAAGUUCAUUUACACCAGUCAAUAUGAUAACUGCUUGACAUACAGGCGGAUCUACCUGCCUCCUAUGAUGCCUUCAGAUCUACUGCAGCCAGGCUUAUUCAAAGGCACAUACGGUAGUCAUGGCUUGGAGAUUGUCAUGCUUAGUUUCCAUGGGACUUCUGCAAGAGCCACUAAACUAACUGGAGACCCAAACGUUCCCGCAGGGCAGCUCACACUGGAUGUUGAUCUGAGCCAGCCUAUUGACCUCCCAGAGUUGGACCAACAGCGCAACAUUGAUGUGCUGUCACGGAUUAUAUUGGGAAUACAUGAGAAAGUACAAAGGGGGGUGGAACAGCCAGCCGGUGACACCUCCGCCAGUGUCGGAUGUGCAGCAAAGGAAUCAGGUGGUGCCAUUGCUGAAUCCAUGGAGGUUGACCGUGGUGCCUGUGCAGAUGCAUCCCAGUCGGGCCCCAGCAGUAGUAGCCCUCCUCCUGAGACUCAGCCCUUUGUUUUGCCUUUAGGGGUCAUGGCUCGCAAUGAGGUGUACCCCCGCACCUGGAGGAAAUGCUUCUAUGGAACAGGCCUGAUUGCUGGGCACGGCUUCACGAGUCCAGAGCGCACGCCGGGGCUCUUUGUGCUGUUCGAUGAGGACCGUUUUGGUUUCAUCUGGCUGGAGUUGAAGUCCUUCAGCCUGUACAGUAGGCUGACGGACCACCUCCCCCACGCUCACGCGCCGAACAUGGAGCGCUUUGAGGCUAUGCUGCGCAACAUGCAGUCUUGGACAUCCUGAUGCAUCAAGCUUUAAGUAAAAAUAACCCUUACACAUGAAUCGCCUCCACUGAGGACAUCAACAUCCUAAUAUCCCAUGACCUUAUCUCUUAAUGUUCAUCCUUACUGCUGUUUGAGGUUGGGUUUUACUGUUCAACUCUACCUGCUUGUUUCACUUUGACCUAACGCACUUAUAUCUCUCCCACACAUACACUCAGAAGGGCCUCCCAUGUCACUGUUUAUCACCUGGUAUGACCUUAAUUUAACUAGUGCAGCAUGAUAACGGGUCACAUAAAAGUUUAUUUAUUCUCUGCAGACAAAGAAGAGCAAUGGUACCACUUAUUUCACCUGUAAAGGAUCCAGCUGUAUGUGCCUGUGAUUUCAGAACCAUGUCUGUACCCGAUAGUGCUUGAAGCAGAUAAAGGUGUUCAAUGUAUUCUGUUAUAUCAUAGUAUUAUACCAGCUUCAGUGCCAAACAUGUUCACGUGCAUGCUGCGUUUAUUUAGAUCUAAUCAACUCUGCACUCAUAACCACUGUCUGAACAUGUUUGGUUUGUAUAAAGCAGCAUGCCUUUUGUUUUCCAAUAGGUAAAUUAAGAAAUGACUUCUCAGGUGUUUCUUUUGGUUUCAAGUCCACAAAAAGAGUCCAGUUACAUUCAGUAUGGUCAGCAGAAAAACACACGACAUUCUUUAGAAAUUGGCCAAUGUUUAAUUGUCAAUCUUCCAUUUUAUCAAAAAUUGACCUCACAUUAGCCAACUUUGAUUUGUCUAAUUUUGAUCUUUGCUCUUUGAACUAAAACUUUAAUUUUCAGUGUUAAUGCAUCACAGUCAAUGUCACCCCACACAACAUAUUGGCCUGUUAAUAAAAGCUGGAAAGAUGUAUUUUAGUGCUAUAGGUAGUCUAUUCAGUAGUUUAAAUUUAAGUAUCCAAAUAUGCUGUUUUUGCUUCUGUAAAAAUGUCUCCACCGUUAAAAUGUGUGUUUUCAUGACUGACAGUGUUCUGUCUGGCAGUAUUAGCUGCAAACCUUUUACCUCCAGUUCCCUCUAUAAUGAUUUCUAACUCGCUGGUCAUCGCUCGGACCAGCGGCUCAAAGUGCAACUGGAAGUUCAGAUUAAAUUUCUGUGUCUCAUUACAGCCAUCUGAUGGUGAUGCCCAGUAGCUUUCUUACUCCAAGUGCACUUUUCUGGGUAGGUCAGUAAAUCAUGAAAACUAGUGGCCAGCACUUUUAUAUCAGACUGCAGUUUCACUAACAUCUGCGAAACAGUUACCUGCUGAAACAUCCCUGAUAUUUUACAUUUUAUUAACCUCAUGUCAACGUUUUAUUGAAACUCUCCUCUCUGUAAGCUCAGCUAAAUGAAUGAUUUGCUGUUAAAGUGUGUUGCUUUGUAUUAAUGCCAUAUGCUUAGUUUCAUUGGAAGUUUUAGGUUUGACCUUUUGAACUGCUCACAUCAGACUUCAGGGAGCUUUUCAGCUUAAGCACUCAGUAAUAAAAAUUAAAAUCUCUUUCUCAUAUCUUUUAUGCGGGUUAAAGUGUGAAUCAUGUUUCCAUAUUCUGUGUUCACUAUCUUUAAAAAAAGCCAUUGUGAAAAAUUUA